GCAGAAAAUAAAAUAUCACGUGGACUAUUCUCACCCUCACAACGUACUCUCUGGACCCCACACUCACAUACUCUCUUCCCUAUCUCUCUGCGAUUCCAAAUGCGUUUCUUCUACAUUUUCACCAGGAGCACAAACACAAGAAAUCCGCACAUACCCAAGAAAUGGAAGAGGUUUCAACAGGAGCAAUAGUCCCGGCAGUGAAGCUAGAGCCAAGGCCAUCUUCUUCCUCCGUCGCCGUCGCCGCAGCAGUUUCGUCGGAGCCUGCCGCGGCGGAGGAGGAGGAGGCGGGGUUGUCGGAGUUGGAAAAGGAUUUCUUGUGUCCGAUUUGUAUGCAAAUAAUAAAAGACGCGUUUCUAACAGCUUGUGGACAUAGUUUUUGUUAUAUGUGUAUUAUUACUCAUCUUCGUAACAAAAGUGAUUGCCCUUGCUGUACUCAUUAUCUCACUACCAAUCAGCUCUUCCCUAAUUUCUUGCUCCAGAAGCUAUUAAAGAAGGCUUCUGCUCGUCAAACUUCGAAAACUGCAUCUCCUGUUGAGCAUUUUCGCCACGCAUUACAACAGGGCUGUGAAAUUUCAAUUAAGGAGCUGGACACCCUCAUGUCGAUGCUUUCCGAGAAGAAGAGAAAAAUGGAGCAGGAAGAAGCUGAGAGGAAUAUGCAAAUAUUGCUAGACUUCUUACAUUACUUACGAAAGCAAAAAGUUGAUGAAUUAAAUGAGGUACGGACUGAUCUCCAGUUUAUUAAGGAGGACAUAGAGGCAGUAGAGAAACAUAGAAUUGAGUUAUAUCAUGCUAGGGAUAGAUAUUCUAUGAAAUUGAGGAUGCUUGGAGAUGAUCCCAAUGCGAGAAAACCUUGGUCUCCAACAAUAGAGAAGAGCAACGGCGGUGUGAUUAGCAAUGCUUUUAAUGUAAGAGGAGGAAUGAUUACAGGGAACCUUCCAACCAAGAAAAUGGAUGGUAAGGCUCAAGUAAGCUCUCAUGGGCUUCAAAGAAAGGAUUCGUUAAGUGGGUCUGACUCUCAAUUUAAUCAUUCUGGGUUAUCUGUUGUAAGGAAAAAGCGAGUCCAUGCACAGUUUAAUGACCUACAAGAGUGUUACCUACAAAAGCGUCGUCAGAUGGCUAACCAACUGCAUAACCAGCAAGACAAGGAUAAAAAUGUCAUGCAUAGGGAGGGAUAUAGUACAGGUCUUUUGGAUUUUCAAUCUGUCCUUAGUACCUUCACUCAGUACAGUCGGUUAAGGGUCAUUGCUGAGCUCAGACAUGGUGAUAUAUUCCACUCAGCCAAUAUAGUGUCAAGCAUAGAAUUUGACCGAGAUGAUGAAUUGUUUGCUACUGCUGGAGUCUCGAGGAGAAUCAAAGUUUUUGACUUCUCCACAGUUCUGAAUGACCCUGCAGAUGUGCAUUGCCCUGUUGAGGAGAUGUCAACACGUUCUAAACUUAGUUGCUUGAGUUGGAACAAGUAUGCUAAGAAUCAGAUAGCUAGUAGUGAUUAUGAAGGAAUAGUUACUGUUUGGGACGUGACAACCAGGCAGAGUGUGAUGGAAUAUGAAGAGCAUGAAAAACGUGCAUGGAGUGUUGAUUUUUCUCGUACAGAGCCCUCAAUGCUUGUAUCGGGCAGUGAUGAUUGUAAGGUCAAAGUUUGGUGCACGAAUCAGGAAGCUAGUGUUCUCAACAUUGACAUGAAAGCAAAUAUUUGUUGUGUCAAGUAUAAUCCUGGAUCUAGCAAUUACAUUGCGGUUGGUUCAGCAGACCACCAUAUCCAUUACUAUGACUUGAGAAAUGUUAGCCAUCCGCUCCAUGUAUUCAGUGGGCAUAGGAAAGCAGUAUCAUAUGUCAAAUUCUUGUCUAACAGUGAGCUUGCUUCGGCGUCUACAGACAGUACUUUACGAUUAUGGGAUGUGAAGGAGAAUCUGCCUGUUCGUACAUUCAGAGGCCACACAAAUGAGAAAAAUUUUGUGGGUCUAUCUGUCAAUCGUGAUUACAUUGCAUGUGGGAGUGAAACAAAUGAAGUGUAUGUCUACCACAAGGAAAUUUCAAGACCUGUGACAUGGCAUAGAUUUGGUUCACCGGAAAUGGACGAUGCUGAUGAGGAUGCAGGAUCGUACUUCAUUAGUGCUGUCUGCUGGAAGAGUGAUAGUCCGACAAUGCUAACAGCAAAUAGCCAGGGUACAAUAAAAGUAUUAGUUCUUGCAGCUUAAGUAAAUGAUAAAAAGUAGAAGAGAAAAAAGAAAACAAGAGAAAGAAAAAUGAAAUGAAUGUGUUGAAAGUACCUAGUGGUGUAUUAUAUAGGUGAUUGGGUUUUUGUCUUGUAUAUAUCAUUGAAAUGUCAAUUGGGCGGUUAGGGAGCCUGUGGUUCUUCAAUUCCUUUCUUCUUUUCUUCUUUUUUCCGGCUGAUAAUAGUACAAGCUUUUUCGCAUCAAAUGUAGUCACAUGUUUGCUAUUGCACUCAAAAUUCUAUAUAUAGUAGGUAUGAAUUUCAGGGAA